GUUCCGUGCACACUUCUAUCUCAGCUUUACAUCGUGAGACGGUUCCCUGUUUGUUGAUUUGAAAACACAGCUAUAUCGAUCUUUAACACCUCGACUACAGCAGUACCUAUUACCCCGCAAAGUCACAUAAUGAACUCCAACUAUACCGCAGCCCUUCAGCCUAAGAAGGCUCUCUCAGAAAUGACCCCUGAUGAACAGGCUCAGGCUGGUGCCGAAGCACUCAUGGGGUUUAUGGCCUCUUGUCCGGGUAAAACCGUGAUGUCUGGUGUUACUGGGUUCGCCCUUGGUGGGUUCUUCGGGUUGUUCAUGGCCUCCAUGGCGUAUGACGUGCCGGUUGGUGGCGGUGUCUCCAAGGUUUCUGACUUGCCGUUCAAGACUCAGAUGAAGUUGCAGUUUAGUGAUAUGGGGAGAAGAUCCUACACCAGUGCCAAGAAUUUCGGUUAUAUUGGUAUGAUCUACUCCGGUGUGGAGUGUGCCAUCGAGAGUUUCAGAGCCAAAAACGAUAUAUACAAUGGUGUUUCCGCCGGCUGCAUCACCGGUGGUGGUUUAGCAGUUAAAGCUGGCCCUCAAGCUGCUGCUAUUGGUUGUGCUGGGUUUGCUGCUUUUUCUGUCGCCAUUGAUUUGUAUUUGAGACUGGACGCCGCCAGACCGCCUGCCAACGAUUACGAUGAUUAAGAGAUGAAACACGAGCAGAAAUGCCCUUUGUAUAUAUGUAUAUUUUAUCCCAUAAUUGUAACCUAUACCGGUAAGCCUCCUAACUUGAACUAAAGUCUAUGACGUACUUUUGCAUCUGUCUUAGUGGUAAUAAGCAUCUGUCUCCCAUAGUAAUAGAUCUACAUGUC